AUUCAAACGAAACUGGGAAGAAAAUCUAAAUUGGUUAGGUAGCCUAGCUUACUGGCAGAGCCAACACAAGGAAGACGAUUCUCUCCGUUCUGAACCUUUAGCAUGGGAGACCGCGAUCCCUUCCUUCGCCGCCGUUGUUCAGAGGAGAGAGAGGACAUGUUCACAAAUCUUCCAGAUGACUUUGCUUACCACAUUAUUAAGUUACUCGCUGUGGAAGACUUGCUUCGACUCAGUUUCGUCUCUAGAAGAUUUAGAAAUUUAUGUUUAUCGACCCCAAAUCUGAGAAUUAACAGUCAUAAUCCUGUUACCAAUCGUGGUUUGAGUUAUCGAUUUGGGUUUAUUAAUUCUCUUAAUAGGUUCAUGGAUCAACGGCAUCAUGAUAAGACUAAGAUAGGCACUUUUAGCCUUUCUUGGUCCUUAUUGGGAAGUAUUAUUUCUUCUGAAGAAUUCUUCUUCAUUAAGUAUUUGAAUCAAGCUGUAGAUUGCAGUGCUGAAGAGAUUCGAAUCCGUGUGGUUCACCCUCCUGGGAAACCUUUUGAAUUGCCUUUGUUUGUUUUGCAAUCCAAAUCUUUGAGGAGACUUUCUGUAAAUACCAAUGGUUGUCUUCUCAAGUUUCCCUCUCUGUUUGCUGGUUUCAGUUCAGUGCAGUACUUAAGUGUAGAAUCUGUUCUUUUGGACAAUGACUUUUGUAAAGAUUGGAUUCCGGGAUUUUUCAAGUCCCUCAGAGAACUAAAAAUUAAAUCCUUUCUAGGGAUGACAACAAUUAAUAUUACCAGCAACUCACUCGAGUCGAUUACCAUCUAUGAUUUGAGAUACAAUGGCUUGUAUCAUCUUGCAAUUGCAGCUGAAAAGCUUCAAAAACUUAAGAUAGCGUGGUAUCCUCCUCUUGAUACAGUCACAACAUGUUUGCAAAUCAAUGCUCCCAACCUAGUUGAUUUUGAAUAUACAGGAGAGCCUGUGAAAUAUUAUCGCUGUUUAGGGGGACUACCAGUUGUAAAUAAGGUGGUUUUGAAUUUGCGAAUACCCAACCAACUAGCCUUAGAUCAGGCUUUGAGCUCUUAUAACCUGCGAGAGUUGCUUCAGAGUUUUGGCAGCGUCAGAAAACUAAACUUGUACCAGCAGUCUCUAGAGAUGUUUUCUAAGCGAAUUAGUUUCCCGGUUUUAUUCAAUAAUUUGGAGGUCUUAGUUUUAAAUGUUGUCAACUUUAAUGAGAAUGUAGUCCCAGUUUUGGCUUCUCUUCUCAGAGGAACACCUAAUCUGACAGGACUCCACAUAUCAUCUGGCUUCUCUUCAGUAGGAACAGAAGUAACUCAGUCGAAGGAGAUUUUGUUUGAUGUGCAAUAUUGGCAAUCUCAAAAGAUGACGUUUCAUCAAUUGCAUACUCUAAGGGUCUACUAUCACAAAGGGAAAAAUAUGCUAGAAUUGGUGAAAUAUUUGGCAGCAAAUGCAGAGAAAUUGAGAGUGAUUAUAAUUCUAUAUUCAGAUCCUGUCUCGCUCGAUUCUUCUAUGGAUGUAGUAAGGAGCAAGAAGGCUUCUACAACAGUAUAUUUUAUGAAGUAUUCCGGAGCUGGUUUGGAAAGUGUUACAUGUGUAGAUGCUUUGUGUAAAUCACCCUAUUGUUGUGCCAAGACUAAUUAUGUGCACACUAAAUAGUAUUUGGCUUCAGUCAAAUUAUGAAGCUCCUAACAUCUCUGAUAUUAAGUAGAAGUUCCUGAAGAGCCUCGUUAGAGUGAUGUUCGGUGUUGUCUCUCCACUUGGGAGAUUUGAUGUAUAAAAGAAAAGGGAAGAGAGCUUGAGAAUUCCAAAAUCCGCUGUAUUUCGGAUUUUAGGUUUUGAAUGUUCAGGGUUUUUGAUGUGGCCCCUUGAUUUACCUUUUGAAAUAUAUAAAGAUAGCAUUC